AUGGAAAAGGACUGCUUUAACUACGCCAAAGGUUGCGAAGAUUGUCAAAGGAAUGGUCCGAUACAGCACCUGCCAGCUGUCCCUUUGAAUCCGAUCGUCAAACCUCGACCUUUCAGAGGAUGGGCUAUGGAUUUUGUAGGCAAAAUCGUGCCCAAUUCGAGUAAUGAGCACACAUUCAUUAUCGUGGCCACCGAUUAUUUCACAAAAUGGGUGGAGGCGAGUGCAGUCAAAUCUAUCUCUUCCUCAAUAGUGAUCGCCUUCAUUAAACAACACAUCAUCCACAGGUUUGGAAUUCCAGAAACAAUCACGACUGACAGGGGCACAUCCUUCAUUUCCAAGGAAAUCCAGGACUUUUCGGACGCCUACGGCAUUAAAUUCGUACAAUCUAGUCCCUACUUCCCACGGGCAAACGGUCAGGCAGAAUCUACUAACAAAGUCUUGAUCAACAUCAUCAAAAAGAUGGUCGAGAGCAACCCUAGGGACUGCCACGAAAGGUUAUCCAAGGCGCUUUGGGCGGAUCGGACCUCGAAGAAGACAUCCAUCGGUACUACCCCUUUUGCAUUAACGUACGGUCACGAUGCAGUUCUGCCAGUUGAAAUCAACGUGCAAUCUCUACGCCUAGAGAAACAACCUGACAUGGAUGACGCAGCUUAUAUUGAAUCCAUGAUGAAGGAAUUGGAGGAGUUAAGCCCGAUUCGGGCCAAAGCCUUAAAUCAUCUCAUGAUAGGAAAACAGGCAGUGGCUCGAGCUUACAACAAAAGGGUCCGAGGAAAGACGUUUGAAGAAGAAGAGCUCGUCUGGCGAGCUAUUCUACCCGUAGGAGCCCACGUGUCAGGAUUCGGGAAGUGGAGCCCAACUUGGGAAGGUCCAUUUCUGGUGAACAGAAUCUUGGGAAAAGGGGCUUACCUACUGCAAGACAUGAACGGAACCCUCCACCAACACCAUAUUAACGGGCAAUGGUUAAAAAAGUUCAUUCCUUCUUUAUGGGAAGCAACAGGCAUCGAUCUUAGUGAUGACCAAAGGGGUAACGUAUAA